UCAAGAGGGGUUGUUGAGAAUAAUUUUAAGUUUAGUUCAGUGUUAGAUAGGCGUCGGUAAACGACGACGGUGCAAGUCUCUUCUUUUUGUCGAUGAGGAGCUUGUUUUCGACGCAACGAUAACGAAAUAAAUAUUAUAAAAAAUAUUUAUUUAUAAUAUACAAUUGUUUAAGAAUAAAGAAAAAUUUCAUUCAUUAUUAUUUAUUUAAUUUUUCAUUAUUAACCGACGCCUUGAACUUUUUUUUUUUAUACGAACGAACGACCGAUUGAAUUACCGAAAAAUUAAAAUUAAUAACUUUUUUUCUAUAUUGUUAUUAAUUAAAGCGGAACCUUUAUUAAAUUUAAAAAACAAAAUACAAUAAUUAAAGUGGAUUUUUUAUUGCUUAAUUACAAAAGAGAAUAUUCAAUUUACUGUGAAAUUUUUAUUUCAUUUUUUUUUGUAUUUAAAAAUAUAGUUUAAAAAUUUUUUUAAAUAUUAUUUCGUCAUUUUUAGAUUGUAUUUGAAUAAAACUAUAAUUGGUUUUUAUUUUUUUUUUUUUUGGUGAUAACGAACACACGAAAUGACUACAGUAAUAGAUCCCGUUGAUAUCGCAAACAUCCUGGCACAAGAGUUGCUUUAUCAGCAGCUUGUUGCAUUGGAUGGAUUGCACAGUGGUGUACCAACAAGAACAACACCGACAUUAACACCAACAACAUUACGUUGUAUUGAGCAAACUUUUUUAGAAUUACAAUCGCAUAGUCGUGAAGCUGGUUUUGUACCACCUCUUGUUGAGCCAUCACAGCCAACACCAGCUCAAACACAAAAUAUCAAUACUCAACAACAUCAACACCACCACCAACAACAGCAACAACAUCAUCAUCAUCUUCAGCAUCUUGGUCCAUUAUUAGAUAAUCAAAUUGGACGUCCAUUACAACAAUUACAACAACAUCACCAACAACAACAACAACACCAACAAUUAUUACAGCAACAGCAACAACAACAAUUAUUAUUACAACAACAAGAAGAAGAAGAAGAAGAGGAACAAUAUAAUAAUCAAUUAAGUUCAUCAUCUGAAUCACCAGAACAACAAACACAAGGACGAAGAAAUAUGGGUGGUAGAAGACCAACAAGAACACUUGGCAUUUCGCCUGAAGAAGAAGAACGUCGACAAGUACGAAGAGAAAGAAAUAAAAUGGCUGCAGCAAGAUGUCGUAAAAGACGAAUGGAUCAUACCAAUCAACUACUUGAAGAAACAGAUGGAUUGGAAAUGAAAAAACAAAAUUUACAAAGUGAAAUAAGUGAAUUACAACGUGAAAAACAAGAAUUACAAUUUUUACUUGAUUCACAUAAAUCACAAUGUCGUUUACGUUCAUCAUCACCACCAGAUAUUAAACCAUUAAUUAAACAAGCAAUUGAUGAUGAAUUAUUUAUUGAACCAGUUAAACGUAAUAAUAAUAGCAAUAAUAAUAAUAAUACAAUAAUACAAACACGUCCAAAUCGUCCAAAUACAUUUCCAGUUGGUUUCGAUAAUAACAAUCGUCCAAGUUCAUUAUCAAUAUAUAUGAAUGAUACAAAAGAACGUAAUGAUAAUAAUUAUAAACAAAAUAUUGAUAAUAAUAAUAUAUCAUAUAUUAAAACAGCAAAUGAAGUUGCUGGUAUACCAAUAUCAACACCAUCAAGUGGUAUGCCAUUUAAUUUUGAAUCAAUGAUGGAUGGUGGUACUGGCUUGACACCAAUUUCAUCAGCACCAAUAAUACCAUCAUGUUCAACACAACAACGUCAUAAUAUGGUAUCUGCUGUUGAUUUAACAUCACCAGAUGUUAAUCCACCAAAACUUGUUAGUUUGUGACGCCAGGAGGACAUCGAGGAUGCAUCAACUGAUGAUGAUAAUUAUGAUGAUAAUGACAUUGAUUAAAUGUCGUAUGAAAUUUAAUUUAAAUUUUUUUUUUUUUUUAUAUAAAGAUAUAUAUUUAUAGAGAGAGAGAGAGAGAAAGUAAAAUUAUACAAAAAAAAAAAAAAAAUUGUAAAUUAGUUGAGCAUCCUUGAUGAUAAUUAUUUCGAUUUUUUUUUUGUUUUUUUUUUUAAAUGAUAAUUGAUUUUUAAAAUGAAUAAUUUUGUUGCCAUAUGAUUUUUUUUUUUUUUUUUUUUGGGAAAAUUUAUUUGUAAGGUUUUGGAAAAUUUAUUUUCAAUUGAACUGAAUAAUUAACUGUUGCCUUUCGAGUGGUUAAAAAUUAUUGAUAAUUUAUUUUUUUUUUUUUCGAUAUAGCCUCGUUACGAUGUUUAAAAAUAAAAAGGCUUUUUUAUACACAAGUCGCGAUAAAGUGUUUCAUUGUUAUUGAAAUACAAUAAUUUAUUAAAAUUAUAUAAAAUUAUUUUCAUGGUAAAAAUAAAUUUUCAAUGGAAAAAAUAAACAUUAUGUCUGAAAGUAAAUAUUUAAGACUUUUUUUGAUGAUAAAAUUUGUAUGUUUUUUAAUUAUGUUUAGCUCAAUGGAAUAUAAUUAAAAAAUUAAAUGAUAAUUUAAUAAUUUUGCAUAAUUAAAUAAAUAAUAAAAAUGAUUUUUUAAUAAAUUAUUUAUAUAAAUAAAAUGUCACGUUUAAAUUUGCUUGAUUGUGAAAAAUUACUGGGUAUUUAUUGAAAAGCAAAUUUAAAUAUAAAAAAAGAAUCAAUCAAUUCAAAUUGCGACAUUAAAUUUUAUUUAUACAAAAAUAAAAUCUAUUAUUUUCAAAAAUAAAAUUCAAUAAGUUCGAAAGUUGAUGCUCAAUUUACACGCUAAAAUUUUUACACGAAAAAUAAAAAAUUCCUGCAAUCAUGACAGUAAAAAAAGAAAAAAAAAAAAAUGAAUAAAAUUUAAAUAUUCAGUCUUUAUUUAUAACGAUAUAAAUUAGGUGAAAAAAAAUCGAAUUAUAUAACUUAAUCCCUCCAUCAACGUGAGAUAUUUUAUAUUAUAUAAAAAUGAAAAAAAGAAAAAGAAA